GCCAUUCACCUCAUGGCUGAAGGGCUUUUAAUAUCUCUUCAAUGAAGUGAGAUUCGGUCUUUUAAUAGGGAAUACACUCACUUGAUCAUUAUUUCAGCCGAUGAGCCAUCAAGAAUUGGCAUUUUAAACGCUCGCUCAUUAGACGCAAAGCUGUGAGUAAUAUUUUGUUCAUUUUAUUCGAACACAUUGCUGAUGUAGCCAUUUCAACAGGUUGAAUAAUCGCAACAAUACCACACACUGAUGGGAACUGGCACUUGAACAAGAAUAAAGGUCUCAUUGUAAUACGACAACAUGGCGGCUGCAUCUACUUUGAUCGGCAUUGCAUCUGCUUUCUGUGUCCUCGGCCUAGGCCUCAUUCUCAAGUCCUCAUGGAGGGCCCUAUUAUUAACCCUGGUUCUGGGGGUCAUCUCCAGCGGUGUCUUUAUCACGGCGCGACACCUUCAAAUCCAGCAGUCUCGUUUAAAGCGACCAAUUCAUCUGUCUGAUGUCGCUGCGAAGAAGUCCACCAGUCCCAGCUUGCUCAAAGGAGCUUACUUCUUCGUCGUCUUGGGCUCAGGUGGCCAUACCAAGGAAAUGCUAGCCAUGAUGGAGAUCAGCUUUCCCAACGUCCCCGACAUGCACCGACGCUAUCUCAUCUCUAGUGGUGACUCAAUGUCACUCACACACCUGAAUGCCUUUGAAGACGAGCUCAGAACUACUCAUGGCGAGGGACAAGUAGGGACAUUUGACAAACACAUCGUUGCGAGAGCCAGAAAGAUUCACCAGAGUCUACUGACAACGCCCUUUACCGCCCUGAUGUCGGUGGCUCAAAUAUUCCCCUUGCUGCUGUCCUCUCCUUUCAAGGGCCCCAGAAGUCGCCAGCAGUUUCCCGACAUCAUUCUCACCAAUGGCCCUGCCACUGGCUUCAUUGUCGGCCUGGUGGCGUACCUCCUCAAGAUGCUCUACGUUGUUCCAGAAGACACCAUGCAGGUCAUCUACAUUGAGUCGUGGGCCAGAAUUCAGACCCUCAGUCUGACAGGGAAGCUGUUUCACUACACUGGCAUUGCCGACAUCUUGUUGGUUCAGCAUGAGCAAGUAGCCAAGACCUACGGCGUUACGAAUGCAGGUUGCAUGGUUGUGAGAAAGAAGAGAUGACAAUUCGUCAAAUCUCAAUCAUUUCUGGCCCUUAUGAGCGAGAAAGGUCGGUGGAUGCUUGGCAUCGGACAGAAUAUAUAGCUAUCGGCCCUUCCUCCUUUUCAUCAAUACAAACCCAU